GAAUACGAGCCCCAUAUCAGACUCCAAGCUGAGAGCGCUAUCCAUUCCAGCUUUCCCUCUUUCCAUCCAUCAUGUCCAACGUUUUCUUCGACAUCAACAUCAACGACAAGCCAGCGGGGCGUAUCAUCUUCAAGUUGUUCGACGACGUUGUCCCUAAGACAGCGAAGAACUUCCGCGAGUUGGCAACGGGUCAGCAUGGAUUUGGCUUUGAGGGUUCAGCCUUCCACCGUGUCAUUCCCGGGUUUAUGCUUCAGGGAGGUGACUUCACCCGUGGCAACGGAACAGGCGGCAAAUCUAUCUACGGUGAAAAAUUCGAAGAUGAGAACUUCAGCCUGAAGCACACCAAGCCUGGAAUUCUUUCCAUGGCUAACGCCGGCAAGAACACCAACGGUUCUCAAUUCUUCGUCACCACCGUUGUUACGUCUUGGCUUGAUGGUGCCCAUGUUGUUUUCGGCGAGGUCGUACAGAACUUCGAGUUAGUAAAGACGAUCGAAUCGUACGGUACUGCGUCUGGAAGCACGAAAGCUCGUGUCUCCAUCGCCAAAAGUGGCACCGUUUAACUUCAAACAGGGGGAGAAGACUAAGAAAGAUAAAAGAAGAGAAGUAGAUACUUAAACUGUUGAUUGCAUAAACUGUGUUUUUAUGAGAUGAUGGUAUCAUUAUUGUGAUUUUUAACGUCAUCGCU